AAUAAAAUGUCGUAGGGAGUAGUCGCUAUGUCUGUACUGACCGUAUAGAUGAUUCGCGUCGACAACUCAACGCUGUGUGUGCGGAGCGCGCAAUGCGAUACUCGCGACGCGAUUUACGUUGUCUUGUAUGUUUCUGCUUCUGUUAACGCUUGCUGUAUUGCUGUUGCUGGUGUGGGUUUACGUUCGUUGGUGUAAAGUAAGACGUUACUGGGCAGACCGAGGUGUGCCCUUCGCUCCACCAAAUCCACUGCUCGGGAAUUUGACGUUUUUACAGCGUUAUAAUUCGGGGAUAUGGAUGAGGAACUUGUACCAAAGUUACCGCAGCCCGUAUGUGGGCAUCUGGCUGUUCUGGCGGCCGGCGCUGGUCGUCAAUAGUGUGGAUAUCGGCCGACGCAUACUGGUCAGCGACGCAGCAUUCUUUAGGGACCGCUUCGUAACUUCGGGAGAUUCUGAUCCUAUCGGGAAAUAUAAUCUAUUCACUGUGAAGGAACCAGUUUGGUCAUCCCUUAGACGUCGCCUGACGCCUGUGUUCACCGCGGCCAAGCUGCGCAGCGUGCACGACUUCGUUACGGUGAAGACCCAGGAGCUCAUGCAGAGAAUUCAAAAUGAUAUGACAGAGAAUCAAUGUUUCAAUCUUAGAGUAAGAUAAUUAGAGUUAUAAGCUGACGACCGCGAGACAACGAAUCUUAAUCAUGACUCUU